CUUCGGAGGUGUAGACAGACUAACAAUAAAGGGUUACUCAAGCAUGUGUGAAUGAAACAAAACGCAACUCCAGGCAUUUUCAAACAGUGAUUUCCUGAACACGCAAAGGGAAGAUCGGACGAAUGACAGAAAGAGACAGAGAGACGGAGGAAGAGUAAGAGAGCGAGAGGGGGAGCAGGUGAACUCAACACACAAGAGCAGAUAAGGACAAGAAGGAAGGAGCUAUGUCUUUAUUACUAAAACUGAAUUGAAAUUGGACAUAAUGAGAAAGAUGGAAAAGCAUUUUGAGAAUAUAUUUGAGGAAACAAGCCCACCGUGUUAAGAAGAGGAACUCAACGCACUCUGGAGGCUGCCACAAGACAUCAGGAGGAUGUCGAGGCAAUAUCAGAAAGGACUGCGCGCCUGGAAAGGACAUUUUCUUCCAGUUUUAUGGAUUUUGAUAUUGGCAAGUCCUCAGCUAAUUGCUCAGGGUUUCUUCCUGGGCGACAUCAAGGCGGUGCUGAACGGCUGUGAGGACCACUGGACGCUGCAGGAGAGAGCCGCGUUCCCGCUCUUGUACCGGAUGACCGUGUGCGUAAACAUCCGCGUGAUGGCGCCGGGGCCGUGGAUCGCGUUCACGUACAGCUCGGUGCACGGGCUCAUGCCGGAGCUCGGGCUGGAGGGAGACGAGGGGGCCCUGUACGCGUGGCUCCUCCGCGUCAAACACAGAUUCCCGCAAAAACUGACGCAAAAAGAGUGGCACCAGAUUUGUUUGCGGAGAGACGUGGUGAGCAGCUCCUUCAGCCUGGAGGUGGAUAACCAGGUGGUGGGACACAGGGUGGUGAUAGCCCAGGCCAUCUCCUCGUACGGGUCCCUGUGGCUGGGAUGUGGGCAGAGGGACUCGGGUGCCACAUCUGCCCCGGGGCACGUGGAGCUCUACAUGUUCCGAAUGUGGGCGGACCUGGAACAGCACCUGCCCUGCGAGGACGGCUCCGUGAUCGGCUGGUCAUCAGAAUACUGGGGCGUGACCAGCGCCAGGGCCAGAGAGAGGGACACUGAUCUACCCUGUGUCCACAGGAAUUUGUCUCGGCGAAGAAGACGAUCUGUUGAAGAGAAGAAUUGCAACUGUACACUUUUUUGCAAAAAUCAAAGCCAUUUCUACUCACAAGACCUGAAUGUUACCGAUGUUACCGUUAAUGCGAAGUUCCUCCAAAACAUUUUGACAAAACAAGUGAUUUCUAACUGUGGACCUAAACGAGAUUCAGAAUGCAGACAGUCUUUAGAAGACCUUAGAACUCAAGGACUCAAGAAAACGUAUGUGAGCUGCCAAAUCAUAGUCGAAAGGUCUUACAGCUGCAAAAUGAUCAUUGAAUUCAACAAACUGAUCACAGACUGUGCAGUGCUCCCAGCCAUACAGAGACUCAUCAACAACGCAGACGGAGUCACGACAAACGGGGACCUAACUCCUAUAGUGGUGUGUGGUGAUUUUGAGGAAGUUACUGAUACUGUGCUGACUUCCACACUGCGGUGGAUUUCAGGUGGUUUAAAGAAAUCUGACAUAUGUGAAGGGGAGCAAACUCAUUACACAUGUGCCCCGAGUGAAAAUAUUGCUGUGGUUUUGAGUGACACUUGCGAAUCAGCUGCUGCUCCUACUACUGCUGCUGCUCCUACUACUGCUACUAUUAUUACUACUACUACUACUACUGCUGCUCCUACUACUACUACUGCUGCUCCUACUACUACUACUGCUGCUCCUACUACUACUACUGCUGCUCCUACUACUACUGCUGCUGCUCCUACUACUGCUGCUCCUACUACUACUACUGCUGCUCCUACUACUACUACUGCUGCUCCUACUACUGCUGCUCCUACUACUACUACUGCUGCUCCUACUACUACUACUACUGCUGCUCCUACUACUGCUGCUCCUUCUACUACUAUUGCUACUACUACUACUGCUACUACUACCACUGCUGCUCCUACUACUUCUACUACUACUCCUACUACUACUACUACAGCUGCUCCAACCACUGUUAGUACUACUGAGACGUCACACCCCACUACCACUCUGAUAACUACUAAAUAUAGUACGAGUCAAGAGACAGAAAAGACCACUACAGCUAGUUCUACUAUUAGCAGUACAUCUCCUACAACUAAUAAAGUCAAUACUACAACUGAACAAACUACAACUGAAGUAGAGAAAAAAACACUACCCAUUGUAAUAUAUAAUACUACUGCAGCUAACAUUACAAGCAGUACUUCAAGUUACACUACUACGAUUACUACAACGAGUCCAACAAUACUAACUAGUGUAACUUCUAAGGUAAAUACAACUUCAGUAGCCCCAACGACUUCAACCCAGAUUCCACGAACAACAAGUACAAGUUUACCAAAUACUACAUUGGACAAAACUACUGCUAAUACUACAAAUAUUCCAGUAGUAACAACGGACAAUGUAACUACAACGCAAAUACCUGAACCGACAACCAGUAAUACAACCACUCCUGUACCGCAUACUACAUCGACACAGCAACCAGAAAGUACCACGCAGAUUACUAAUACUACUCAAAACGCUACAACUGAGGCGACUGAACAGACUACAGUACACAAUACAACUACCAUGACAACUUCUCCAUCUCCAAGCGUCACCCCAAAUACUACUGAUACGGAAAGUACCGCUGUUACUAAUACUACAAUGCCGUCAACAGUGGAGUACAACGCGACUACGACAACUGUACCUAGUAAUACUUCUACCGUAGUCACUACAAUAAUCAGUAAUUACACAGGAGCUGAUAGAAUACUUAACAUUACUAUCAAUUUUAAUACAACUACGCCAAUACCGACUGUGUACAAUACAACAACGCUAAGUAAUGUCACUACACCGCCAAUUUUCAAUACAACUGAAGAAACAAAUGCUACUACAGCAAUGAAUAUUACUACAACUAGUGCUACUACUAUUACUAAUGCUACUACUUUUGCUCCAAUUACAAAUACAACAGAGUACAACGUGACAGUAACGUUCCACAAUGAGACUACAACAAGCGAACCACUACUGAACACAACCAUGGAAAGCAAUUUCACAACAGUAGAAAUUCUAAACACUACUAUACUAAAUACGACUACUACUUCAAUGCCUCAGAAUACAACAGUUCAAGUCAAUGUUACAGAAGCAGUCACAAAUACGACAGAAAUGACAACAAACGCAACAGCGACAACACAAGCUAGCAAUGUGACGCAAAAUACAUCUCAAGGUGUCGUGACAACGGUAUCGCCGACAAGUAACAUUACUGAGUAUUUGACCACUCCUAGUAUGGGCAAUGAGACAGUUGGUGCAAUCUCGAAUGGGACUACAACUACUACAACUACUCUAGCUACUACUAAUGCUACUACUACUACUAAUGCUACUACUACUGCUGCUCCUACUAUUACUACUACUGCUGCUACUUCCCCUUUUACUACUACGGCUUUUCAAACAACUGAAGGAAUGACUACUGUUAUUCAGACCUCCACGGCUUCUGGCACAAGUUCUAGUACUGGACUGGUUCCUACCACGACAGAGCAAACCACAAGAUCUCAACAAGAACUGGAGGCAGAGGCUGAUAAACUCCUCUCUGAAACUGAAAACGCAUCUCAGCUCAAUUCUUCACAGGUGUCGAAGUUAGUGGGGCAGUUGGAGAGUCUGUUGGAUGGUCCGUCUGUUUCUCAGGCUGUGGGGGAAAAGGCUGUAAAUAUAAUCAGCAAUCUUAUGGACGGAGAUGCACAGGCGCUCGCUGCAUCUGCGAACAGGUUGAUUCGUCUGGUGGAUAAACUGGGUGUGAAGCUGGAGGUGCCAGGAGAUAAUGAAAUCCUCUCUUCUACGUCUCUGGUUUUGGCAGUGCAGAAUGUGGAUGGGACCCAGUUUGCUACAACAACCGCCAAUAUCUUCAGCACUAGUAACGUUCAGAUCAGUGGGCGCAGAGCCAGAUCGUCCGAAGUUCCAUUGGGUUCUGUGUUUUUACCUUCGAGUCUGACUGAAGGUCUGAGUCCAGAGGAGAAGCAGUGGGCCAGCAGAGUGCAGUUCAACUUCUACGCCAAGAGCACACUUUUCAUGGAUACAACUCUAAAUGACAAAACGGUGAUCAGUCCAGUCCUGGCCUCAAGUGUGGCCAAUUUGUCCAUAAGCAACCUCAAAGAAAACAUCGAAUUCACCAUAAGAAAUACCGACUCCAUAAAAACAAACCACUCGAUCUCCUGUGUGUUUUGGGAUUUUAGAGAAAAUGGUGGUAAAGGGGCCUGGAGUAAUGUUGGCUGUCACGUUGUCAGUGCUACAGCUGAAGAUACAAGAUGCAGCUGUAACCACCUCACAUCCUUCGCCGUGCUUUUGGAUUUGUCCAGACAAGGGAUAUUAGACCGUGAACAGGCUCAGCUCCUCACUUUUAUCACAUACAUCGGCUGUGGAGUCUCUGCUGUGUUUCUGUCUGUCACCAUUCUCACAUAUCUCUUAUUCGACAAACUAUUGCGGGACAUUCCAGCCAAGAUCCUCGUCCAGCUCUGCAUAUCUCUGCUUCUUCUAAACCUGGUGUUUUUGAUUGACGGCUGGUUGGCCCUCUUCAAAGCGAAUGGACUGUGUACUAGCACUGCCUUCUUCCUGCACUACUUCCUUUUGACAUCGUUCACGUGGGCGGGACUUGAGGCUCUGCACAUGUACCUCAGUAUCGUCCGUGUGUUCACCCCGUACCUCAGCAGAUACAUGACCAAGUUCUCCCUUAUGGGCUGGGGUAUCCCUCUGAUUGUGGUGAUCAUUAUAAUCGCUGUGAACAAAGAUAACUAUGGGCUGGUCAAAUACGGAAGAUACUCAGACGGCACUUCAGAUGAUUUCUGUUGGCUGGCUAACGACUUGGCCUUCUACAUUGGAGUCGUGGCGUACUUCCUCCUGAUUUUCGUCUUUUGUCUGGUUGUGUUUGUGGUCGUGAUGGUCCAACUUGCCCGAAUAAAGAGACAGAACCCCCAGAAUCAGUCUCCAAACCGGAGCACCCUCUCUGACCUGCGCAGCGUCUUUGGACUGGUCAUCCUCCUCGGUCUCACCUGGGGGUUCGCUCUGUUCGCCUGGGGACCCCUCUACCUGCCUUUUGUCUAUCUGUUCUGUAUAUUCAACACUCUACAAGGAUUCUUUAUCUUUGUGUUCCACUGCGCUGUAAAAGAGAACGUGCAGAGACAGUGGCGGACCUACCUGUGCUGUGGUCGACUCAGACUGCCUGAAAACUCAGACUGGAGCAGAACAGCGACCCACAACAACAGAACCACGUCGUACCCCAUCAUGUCCACCACCACAUCUCAGACUCUUCCCAGCCACGCCCUCAGUAACACCUCCCUCGCGAGCGACAACGUCUUCAGCGACUCCAGCAGCAGCGGCUCAGUGUAUGCAGACAGUGGCAUUUCCGAUGGCUCAAACAGUGAUGUGGUUUUGAAUGAGCUCCACAGACGAAACCUGAGUCCACAAGGGCCCCUCUGACACCAGCUACUCACCACAACAACUGUAAUGUACAUAGUUACACAUGGACUAUAGAGGAAAACAGACGCUCAUUCAAACCUGACAGUAUUUAAAACUUAGCAAGGGUGGGGCCUUUUAGUUAGACUUUUGGAAGGUCAGAAAAGUUUCAAUAAAAAGUUCAUGUGAAACUCUAAUAGAUAUAGUUAGAAUAAAACAUGACAUUUUUAAUCUUUUGAAUAAAGCUGCACUGUGUGACUUUUUGUGAAGGGCCUGCCACCUGCUUGUCUGGAAUGCUGCACAAUAGAGCAAUGAACUUCUCCGCCUCACGUGUAUGUAAUUACAGGUGAUUUAAUUGCUAAAUAUCUUGAAAAACAAGAUCGGUUUGACUUGUGACUUGGCCUUGUGCUGCCGUGUGCUUGUCGUCACGGAGACAGAGAAGUCCAUACUGUGGAACAUUCCAGGACUAAAAUAGGACAUCUCCAUGGAGACAAAAAAAACUCCCUCCACCCUCCACGAGAAAAGAAGUUACAUAGUGCUCCUUUAUGUAAAAUUACUUGACUUUUUUGGAAACCAUGAGAAAGACUGAAAUUAAUUACACGUGUAUAUUUGAAAUCCUGUAUAGUAUUUUUGUUUGUAUACUUGUAAAAAGACUAAUAAUUUAUGACUCAUGCACAUUUUGCAUCAAGAGUAGAAUAGUUUUAAAUGCACUGUUAAUAUAUUGUUUUAAUAAUGUUAUGGUUUUAGUGAUUAGCAGAUUUUGCACUGUGUCAAGGUUUGAACUGUUUUUAAUCACAUAUCAGUUGAACUAAUCCACAAUAAUGAAGUCAGUGUUCAAUUAUGUGUCAUCCGAGGGAUACAGCAAUUUCUAGGAGCAACUAAAAUGUUUUCUUUGUGUCAGAUUUUUUGGGGGAAAUAAGAUGUUUUUAUUUUUAAUUAUUAUAUUGUAUUACAUUUCAGUGUUCCGAUAUGUUCUGCAUAGCCUACGAUCAGACGAGCAGAUUAUCGUGGUAUCAGGCGAAUUGUAAUUCUUAAGUACAAUGAAGGAGUAACAUUGGAAUAUCAUUAUCUUUAUAUUUAUGUUUAUUUUAUUUGGGUUUGUCUAAAAUUGUAUGUAAGUAUUUUCAGUGCAAAUUGUUGUGACGUCCUAGAACUCUUGAUUUAAUGAAGGAAAUGUGUUCUUAAAUGAUCCAUUGUUUAGACAAAGGAGUCAAUAAAACUUCAGCUAA